UGACUCAUCCCGCAUCAACCUGCCCCGCGUUGUUCCGUUUGAGUGUCCUGGCGACGAUUGUCAUUGACGUUGAGAUUCGCUGAGUGGAAUUGAAAGCUGCAGAAUUGAAAUCUUUUGUGGCUGGUUUCUUGAUAUCUAUUUGAAAUCAUGGGUAUCUCAAUUGUUCUGGGUAGUCAGUGGGGUGAUGAAGGAAAGGGGAAGAUCACAGAUAUGCUUGCCCAGGAGGCUACGCUUUGCUGCCGUGCCGCUGGCGGCCACAAUGCCGGUCACACCAUUGUUCACGGCGACAAGACCUACGACUUCCACAUCCUCCCGUCCGGUCUCGUCUCUCCUGCUUGUGUCAACUUGAUUGGCGCCGGUACCGUGGUUCACGUCCCCAGUUUCUUCAAGGAGCUGGCUUCUUUGGAGACCAAGGGGUUGGAUAGCGCCGGCAAGCGCAUCUUCAUCUCCGAUCGCGCUCAUGUUUGCUUCGACCUGCACUCCGUUGUGGAUGGUCUGGAAGAGGCUCGGCUGGGUGGUCGCAAGGUGGGUACCACCGGUAAGGGUAUUGGUCCCUGCUACAGUGACAAGGCGGCCCGUCGCGGUGUCCGUGUGGGGGAGAUCCUGGAUGAGGCUCUCUUCGAGCGCAAGCUGCGGUCUUUGGACGCUGGUUACCGCGCUCGAUUCGGCGAGCUGGAGUACAGCGUGGAGGAGGAACUUGCCCGUUUCAAGGAAUACCGCCAACGUCUGGGCCCCUACAUUGUCGACCAAUUGGCCUUCCUGCAGAAGUACAAGGAUGCCCCGAAUACCUUGGUUGAGGGUGCCAAUGCGCUCAUGCUGGAUCUGGAUCACGGUACUUACCCGUUCGUGACUUCGUCGUCGACCGGUCUGGGUGGUGCCGUCCAGGCCCUCUCCCUCAACCCUACCAGCAUCUCCUCCAUCAUCGGUGUGGUCAAGGCCUACACCACCCGUGUCGGCUCGGGCCCUUUCCCCACGGAGCAGCUGAACGAGUCCGGUGACAAGCUGCAGAGCGUUGGUCGGGAGUUCGGUGUCACCACGGGUCGUAGACGCCGUUGCGGUUGGUUCGACAUGGUCCUGUGCCGCUACUCCCAGGCCAUCAACCACUACACGGCGCUGAACCUGACCAAGCUGGACGUGCUGGAUGACUUUGACGAGAUCAAGGUCGGUGUGGCUUACGUUCUGCCCGACGGCACUCGCACGGAGAACACCAUGCCGGCCGAUCCGGAGGUGUUGGAGAAGGUGCAGGUCGAGUAUGUGACCCUCCCCGGCUGGAAGAGCAACACCAUGGGUAUCAAGAAGUACGAGGACCUGCCGGCCAAUGCGCGCUCUUACAUCGAGUACAUCGAGCGCGGCCUGGGUGGUGUCCCUGUCAAAUGGAUCGGUACGGGUCCGGCUCGUGACCAUAUGAUCUGCCGUGAGUAGAUAAAGGUUUGUUUAUUUCUUUUAUAAUAUCCUGGCAGGUGUAUUGAUACCGGUGCUGUCGUGGUAGAGGUAGAAUAUAGAUAAAUGGAUAUAUGUUAUCUUCCA